UCGUUCCGCCAGUUCUGCCGGCACGCGGACUCUAGGCGCUGGCGGCAGUGCUCUGCCGACCGCCGGGGCACACCGCGCCAUGGAGCGUGCGAGCGGCAGCCCGCCGCAAACUCCUCCGGCCGCGCAAUCCGGCUUCGGUGCCUUCUGCAAUGCGAUCUCUGAAACUUUCUCGGGCAUGGCAACCACAUCAAGAAGUAGGAGAAAGCAGGAUGACGAGAAGAAGAAUAAGAAAAAACAGUCGCCAGUUGACGACCGGCCGUCUGUACCUUCCCCCAGUGAAGCUAUGCUUCAAAAUCUCAGGACAGCAUUCGGCUUGUUGGACCGGGAUAGCGAUGGACACAUAACCCCUGCUGAGCUGCAGUUCAUGCUGCGUAACCUUGGCAUUGAGGUCAGCGAUGAUCUCAUAGCAGACCUUAUUAAAGACGCCAGUAAAACUGGAAGUGUAAUAAUUGAUGAAAAUGAAUUCAUGCAGUGGGUGACCAAGAUUCAAGCUCUGCAAGGAAUGGAUGUUACAACAAGUGGAGGUGAUUCAGAGGAAGAAAUCACGAGAGAUUUACUCGCGGCUUUCAAAGUUUUCGACCGCGACGAUAACGGCUACAUAACGCGAGACGAGCUCCGCACGGCGCUCGAGAUGAUAGGCGAACCGGUAACGGACGCGCAACUAAACCAAGUGCUGGCCCUCGGCGACAUCGAUCGCGACGGCCGGAUUGACUAUGAAGAAUUCGUGAAGAUGCUGCUGUAAUAUACCGCAAACCGAAGAAAGACCUCACUAGAUGUAAUGAGAUAGGAUAUAAAAGGGCUGAUGACUUUUGUCUUCGUGUUUUGCCGGCGCUGCGCCAUAGAUUUGUUAACUGUUAGAUGUUUAAGUACUUAUAAUAUUAUUGUAAUUGGAUAAAUUAUCCAAAUUAUUGAUAGGUUAAUGUAAUUAUAUAUAUUUAUAGUUUAUCAUAUAUACCAUGUACUUAGCUGUAUACCGAUCGCAACAAAUAAACGCUUCUUUUGUCUUGCAUGGGUUACCUUGGCAAAUUUUUUUUCGAU